UACCGUAGACACUUCGGUGGACACGGCCCUCUUUUAAAGUUCCUGCCUGGGGGAAGAGUGAAGGCACCCGGACAAACCGAAGGAAAGGGGCCGAUAUUGACCUCGGAGGAUACAUAUUACACAUUUAUUCACUCCGGGAGGACCACCGUCAAACCGAGAACAAGGUUGCAUUAAAGGAGAAACCGACCAAGGUCUUGACUGCCCGAGAACGUCAGAAAAUAAAGAAAAUGGCGGAGCCAGACAAAUUAAACAUCGACUCUAUAAUUCAGCGUCUCUUGGAAGUCAAGGGCUCUCGACCAGGAAAGAAUGUCCAGCUGUCAGAGAGUGAGAUCCGAGGCCUUUGCCUAAAGUCCCGUGAAAUUUUCCUGAGCCAGCCAAUCCUGCUUGAACUAGAGGCUCCCCUCAAAAUCUGUGGUGAUGUCCAUGGUCAGUACUAUGAUCUGCUCCGGCUGUUUGAAUAUGGAGGCUUCCCCCCAGAAAGCAACUACCUGUUCCUGGGUGACUACGUAGACAGAGGGAAGCAGUCACUGGAGACGAUCUGCCUGCUUCUCGCCUACAAGAUCAAAUAUCCAGAGAAUUUUUUCCUGCUGCGCGGAAACCACGAAUGCGCCUCUAUUAAUCGAAUCUAUGGCUUUUAUGACGAGUGUAAGCGACGGUAUAACAUUAAGCUGUGGAAGACCUUCACAGACUGCUUCAACUGUUUACCUGUGGCUGCCAUUGUAGAUGAGAAAAUCUUCUGCUGUCAUGGAGGCCUCUCUCCUGAUCUUCAGUCCAUGGAGCAGAUCCGCAGAGUAAUGCGACCCACAGACGUGCCUGACCAGGGUCUGUUGUGUGACCUGCUGUGGGCCGAUCCAGACAAAGAUGUGCUGGGCUGGGGUGAAAACGACCGUGGCGUCUCCUUCACAUUCGGGGCAGAUGUGGUGGCCAAAUUUUUGCACAAACACGACAUGGACCUAAUAUGCAGGGCACAUCAGGUGGUGGAAGACGGUUAUGAGUUUUUCGCAAAGAGGCAACUCGUCACCUUAUUCUCUGCUCCCAACUACUGCGGAGAGUUCGACAACGCCGGUGCCAUGAUGAGUGUGGAUGAGACACUCAUGUGCUCCUUCCAGAUUCUGAAGCCAGCAGAUAAGAAAUUGUAUCCUUAUGGCGGAGGGGGAGGAAUGGGAUCUGGGAGACCGGUCACCCCGCCGCGAAAUUCAGCCAAGGCCGCCAAGGCCAAGAAAUAACAGCCGCUGGAUCCCCCUCCCGCAACCUGCCACCCCUCUGUCCGCCCAACACUCUUUUUUCCUCUACCUCCCAAACUUGUUUCUCCCUCGUCACCAAAUGGCUACAAAGCAGACAAGUGUCCAGGGUUCAAUCAUGUUUUUUCUCUCUAAAACAAUUUUUAACUGUUUGUUUGGCUGUUUGCGUGCACUUUUUUGUGUGUGAGAGUGUAAAAAAGUGAGAAUGAUACAGAGGGAAUUGCUGUAUUCUGUAUGUAUGUUUUUUUUCUUUUACCUGUACCCUGUGUUCUGUUUUCCUGUCUUUUUGUAGAGAUGGCUUCUUGCCCAUCUGUGAUGUAAUUUCAAACCUGGGUGCAGGGGUGGAGGAGAAGGGGGAGGAAGAGGAGCCUUAGCUGUUUAUGUUAAGGCCCUGCACUGUUUAAUGCUAAACACAAGCUUUUGUACAUCCUGUUUCAGAGGUCUGUGUGUAUGUCUGUGUGAUGGGUGGGGAGGGGUGGUGGGAUCAAGUUGCACGGUCAAACGGUAACGGCACAUACCACACACACUGGGCGCACAGGUGGAUAUAUGUGCAGCUGAAUCCUUGAAUGAAAUGGAUUCACAAUGAGAUAAUAUUUUUUUUUUUCUCUUCCCUUUCAAAAACCAAUGAUUUGAGAACGCAGUCAUGGAUGUGAAAUAGUUUUGCUUCUUUGUUUUCUUUCUUUUUUUUUGUAGAUACAUGAAACCGACAUGGUUUGAUUUCUUUCUUGUUUUUAGUUCACUGAAAGUUGAAGAUGAAUAAAAACACCAUUUAUUUGAAUUAUGCCAUCACGCUGAUCACUUUGUGUUUGCCAUUGCUUCGUCACGUUUGUCAGCAGCCUUUGCCAUGCUGAGUGGCUGCGCUUGUCUUUUAGAGUGUGGUAGCUUGAAUUGACAAUACAGCAGCUUGAAGAGAUGUCUAAUGAAGGAGACUAAACAAAAUAUAGAUGCUGGAAAGUGUCAUUUUGGCCCAGUUUAUACUUCAAACAAAGGGGCAUUUCACAAGUUGCUUCAGUGUGAUUUAGCCAAAGAUGACUGUAGGAGAGGACAGCUCAAAGCUGGCCUCACAGCCAGAUGUUGCCUGUUUUUAUCACAAACAAAUAGAUAUUUAAUUAGGAAGCUCUUCAAUGCAAAAUGUCUAUUUUUUCUAAUGAUCGUUGGAUGACUGUGAAGUACAACAAGUUAAUGAACUUCAGCAGGAAGACUUACAGGAACAGGAAGUAAAUGUCCUCUGUUGCUCAAUGCCUCACAACGCUCAAUAAUCCUCACCUUACAAUACAGUAUCACCAUGUGCUGUUGAUAUGUUCCACUAGUAGAUACACACCACUAUUUAUCUCUAUUAAACAUUAACACAGCAUACUCAAGACCAGAUGCCUACUGAGGACAAAAAAGACUUGAAGGUUUUUCCAUAUUUUUCUGUGAUCAAAGGUGAAAACUAUCAAAGGGAGAUGAGAUGGUGAAUCAUUGCUCUGACCUUUCCAGUUCGAAGUGCUCUAGUUAAGACCACUUCAGUUGAAUCCGCCAUAAAAAAAACAAAGUGGGUUUAUUUUAAUCUAAACCCACAUUGAAUGAGGGUUGCAUGCAAGCAACUAGGAACAUGAGCACUAAAGACCGUGUUUGGAUGGAAGUAACAGACCACAUUUCUGACAUACAGUCCUUUUAAACUUGAUGAGGAAUCUGAGCACAAAAUCAUUGUUUUACUGUAAACAUGAUAAUAUACUCACGGUAAUCAUGUACAGCAAAUUCCCACGGACUCUAGCUUAAAGUUUUGCAACAUCAGGUGACUCCCAGGCGAACAGCUACCACUGUAUACCAGUUAGUACAUUUUCUAUGCUUCUUAGAUUGUGCUGUGUAAAUAUUAGCAAAGAUAUGGAAGUGCUUGCAUUGUUUGUGACAGCAGUCAUCAUCCUGAGUUGCUUUCUUUUAGCAGCUUUCUGUUAAAUAAGCAUUAAAGAGCCAUAGACGGAGAGAAUCAAAUCAUUUUCAAAAAAUUAUCCAAGUGGAUCCCGUGACAACUGUGAACCCCAAAACAACAGUCACCCCGACUGAAUUCAGAUUCAAAAAGGCACUUUUUGCUUGUUCAUACAGGCUUUUUUUUUUUUUUUUUUUUUUAAACUAUCUCUUACCACAUAAUGUCACAAAUUCUUCAUCCCUUCUGUUGUGCAUUAAGUUGGCAUACAGGGUGUCCCCAGUGAAAACAGCCCAUAGUUCAGCACAGGCUGUUGCAACUGGUGAAAAAUGUUUCUUUCUACAGUAUUUCAGGGUAUCUCACUGCCCAUUUCUAAUAACCAAAACACAGUUCCCCUCCCCAUUGCAUAACUGGUGUGUCUGGUUUUAUUUGUCUGCUGUCUGUCCUCAUCCCUCUGCCCUCUGUCCAAGUAUGAACACAUGUGACCGCAUGCAGCUCUCCAGAUUGCAACGGCAGCAGUAAAUAUUGAGCAAGUCUAGUGCAGAGCGUGAGCACAUACUUGAGCAGAGGGCGAGGAAGCUGGAAUUCAGCUGUCAUCCUGCCCUAUCGUUGCCCCCCUCCUGCAAGAGGUUUUCAACUCGGUACCUCAGCAAAUAAAUGUUUUUUAAAAAUCAAAUCAAUGUAAGUAAGCUUUAUUCAGAAUCCUGCGUGGCUUUCUAACAAUCUGCGUACAGUGCAACUAACUGCAUCAGAUAUCGUGUAGGAGAGGUGAAAUAAUAAAUAGCAUUGGACCUCAUUGUGUGCUCUCAUGUUCAAUUCACAUCCAGUAAGAUCAACUCAGGAAGUGAAAUUUAAACUAAAACAAAUGGUAUGAGGACAUCAUAUUUAUAUUCAUUCAUAUAGUAAGACAAAUACACCAAUAAGCACCAUUAUUAGAGGAUAUUCACAAGUCAGAUGACUUGCAGUUUCUGUUCCCGUUUUAAGGUGAUAUAUUGAAAUGAGUUGACCGUGAACCGUGGUAAUGUUCAGAGCGAUCUGUUGAUUUGAAGGUCAUUUUGAUUUGUUAAUGAGACAGGCCCACCUUUUGUGGAUACAGUUGAUGUAGAAAGAUCUGUACAGAAAUGUAAGGUAUUAAAGUCUUUGAGGAUAGCAGAAAGUUAUGAUGUUGUGGAAACCAUCUCCAGUGGAGAGAUUGUGUCUUCAACAAUGCAAAACAAUGAAGUGGCUCCUGUUAGAGAUAAUAUUAUAGUGCUGAAACAUUAUGGAACUUGUAGAUCUCUGUCUUCUGAAUAAAUGGUCCAAUAAAGACCACUUUCAUUCCCAUUUUCACAGCUGUACAAACCUCUGCUUAUAACAUUUUUGUUACUCUAUAUUUACUGUUGUUAUUACCUCUAAGAAUUACUUCUUUGUUCACAUUGUUUUUACUGAUAAAUUUAACGCUAGAUACUGCAAGCUUAUUAGGAUUUUUUAAUCAAUCAGGGAUGUUUUGCACCAUGCACUGUCGCUGGGUAGAUAAGAAAUUAUUAGAUUAUUACAAUUAAGGAAAAGAAACAACAGAAAUUAACAGUAUUUUUUAUUUGUAUUUCAUUUGUUUUCAAAUCAAUCACAAGUUGUCUCUGUUACAAGGUAGAAAUAAAACUUAGAAUUUG